UUUCUUGUUUUUCUUGUUUUCUUGUUUAUGGAAGAAAAUUCACGUCUUUAGUGAUAUAUAAGUGAAAUUAGAAAGGAAAAACCGAAAAGAGGAAGAAGAGUAAGGAGAGAAAGUCACCAGGAAACAUUUUAAAGCGAAAAUAUCAUGAGAUGGAAGGAACUUACUUGGUCGAUGAAAACCAGUGUUUGUCUGCGGUGAUGUGCACCUCGGAAGCCAUUUAGUAACUAUGUAUAAACCAGGGUAUCACUGGAAAAUAGAGAAGAGACCCUCUAGAACUAAAUCAUUAUGUUGCGUGCCAUGAUCCUAAGCUAAGCAGCGAGACGUGCCAAUGUGUGCCGCGUGUGGAUGUUCGUAAUGGGGUCUUGUUGCUGCAAGACACAACCGGAACAUGGGGGCAAUGAUGACAUCAUAUAUUGACUAGAAAGAGAUCUGGAAUUCUUCUCGGGAUCUGGAAGUGAAGAUGGUAUCAACAGUGCAGGACUUUCGACAGUCACAGACAAAUAUGUCCUUGAUACCCUUGCAGUUAUAAGAACCUUAGUUGAUAAUGACCAGGAGCCGCCACCGUCCAUGCUAAAGCUGCACACCAUAGCCGACAAAGAGGCAGGCUGGCUGGUUGUGGUGCGUUCCAUGGUGCAAGUGAUUCCCCUCCAUGACCCACUGGGACCGGCAGUCAUCACGCUGUUACUGGACGACUGUCCUUUGCCAAGCAAGGAAACUGUUGUGCAUCUCUGUAAAUUUUUUGAAUUGAGUGAGGAAAGUGCACAAGAAAGCUGGAAAGACCCUCAGCUGCAUCGUAAUAUUUGUGUGGUGCUUGGAUGUAUUGCUGAAAAGCUUGCUGGUCCCGCGUCCAUAGCUCUGCUUACCGAUACUACACUUGAAUAUCUUGUGGCACACCUUAAUGUAGACAACCACCCUUGUGUCAUCUUGUUUGCCCUCAUAGCUCUUGAAAAAUUUGCCCAAACAAGUGAGAACAAAACAAGCAUAGGACAGUACAUGGGACAGGGUCUGUGUAACCCUCUGAGAACCUUGGAACAGUGGAUGAGCGACAAUGAUUAUGUUCGCCGUCAAGUGGGCUUUUGUGCUCAAUGGUGCUUGGAUAAUUUGUUUAUUUGUGAAGGUCGUCCAUACUCCUAUGAAAAUGUAGAUACAACUCAUUUAAAUGCAAUGCUGAAUAAUAAUGAUGUUAGCGAGUACCUUAAGAUAUCUCCAGAUGGUUUGCAAGCACGUUGUGAUGCUUCAUCUUUUGAAAGUGUCCGAUGCACCUUCCAAGUUGACUCUGGUGUCUGGUAUUAUGAGGCUACUAUCAUUACAGCGGGAGUCAUGCAGAUUGGCUGGGCAACUAAGGAUAGCAAGUUCCUAAAUCAUGAAGGAUAUGGUAUUGGUGAUGAUGAAUUUUCUGUGGCAUAUGAUGGGUGCAGACAAUUGUUCUGGCACAAUGCCCAGAGUGAAAGUCACUUGCACCCUAGCUGGCAGCCUGGAGAUGUUCUGGGGUCCCUCCUUGACCUAACUAAUGCAGAAGUCAUUUUCUACCUUAAUGGUGACCCAUUGCCACCUCUAACACAAGUUUUCAAUAAUGCCACAUGUGGAUUUUUUGCAGCUGCUAGCUUUAUGUCCUUCCAGCAGUGUGAGUUUAAUUUUGGGAAGAAGCCAUUCAUGCAUCCUCCUAAGGACAUUGCCUUCCAGAGCUUCAAUGAUCAUGCCUACUUAAAAGAGAGUGAAAAGAUUAUUUUACCAAGGCACAUUAAACUUCAGAAACUGAGAGCAAUGAGUGUUGAGGAAGGGGCAUGUACGUUAUGUUUUGAUGAGAGGGCCACUAUCUCACUUAUGCCUUGUUUACACAGAGGCUUCUGUGAAAGAUGUGCCCUGCAGUUAGAGAUCUGUCCAAUGUGUCGUCGAGACAUUGAAGAAAGACGAGAGGUAGAUGAAAAGUCUGAUGGAAAAUCUGAGAUCACAUGACCCUAAAGAAAUGCUGGUGCCGAGGCAGGGGCAUCAGAUAACCUCUACUUAUUAAGGUAAUGGAAGUGGAAUGUGCUUCUCGAAAAAUAGAAAAUGGGAAUGAGAAAUUCACAAGAAUGACCCCCGCCCUCCGAUCCAUGGAUUGUAGUAUUAUUUAUUCCAACUCCAUUGUAAAAGAAAGAAAGUGUGAAUAAGAAAGAAACAAUUUCUUGUUGUUAGAUAAUUAAAUAUGCAUGAAUCCAGUGCAAAUGUAAUGACUUCUAAGAUCUGAUGGAAAUUUCAGAUUUUCAUAUCAUUUUGUGCAAAUAUUCGUAUUGUUACUGCAGCACGUUGAUAAUAAAACAUUUAAACAUUCUUGGAAAAAAGCAAAUAUUUAUAUUUGUAAUAUUUUUGUCAACUGUUUGAAUUGGUAUUAAUUCAUAGCAUUUUAUAUUUUCCUCUUACAUGAACUGGGUAAUUGUAAAGCAGAGUUACUGUUCUUUUUUCCCUUUCAUGUUUACUAUGUUCUCAUUUUAUGUUAUUAGAAUUUGAAUCAUAAAGCAAUCAUAAAAGCACCUGUGUCAUCUUAUUAAUUUUAGUACUGUUUAUAUCAUAGUCCAGUUUUUGUUAAUUUCAAGCAGUAUUUAAAAAAAAAUUAUCAUAGAGGACUGUACAUAUUGUAUACUUCUUCUCCCUAGUUUAAAUUUUUGCCUCAGAAUCUGUAUGUCAGUGAAUAUUUAGUUUCAGUAAUACAGUAUCCUAAAACAGUAUCUCAAUGUUCUUGAUGAUUAAUCAAGUACUUUAUUUAUAAUCUUUGAUAUAUUUGAGGGUCACCCAGAGAGCAAGUUUUUUUUAUUAUGUAUUAAGAACAAUUUAGAGUUUUAAAAAAAGGAUCUGAUAUAUAUUUAGUAAAUUUACUUUGUAAACGGUGAGGAGAUAUUGAAGUCAUUAUUUUUUCUCAUUAUUAAUGGAGUAUGACAAAACUUGCCCUCAUUAAAAUUACCUUACAAACCUGAAAUAAGGGGCACAUUUUAUUAACUGUACAGUAGUGUGCUGAAGCUAUUCAGUUUUCUUUGGGUGAUGACAACAUACCUUUUCUCAUUUUCUCAUCCUCACAAUUUUUCUUAUCUUUUAAAAUAGAUUUCCGUUAUUUAUCAAAUGGAAAUUUUGCCUGCAUUGCGCUCAUAGUAGUGUAGAAACAAGAAUGGAAUAUUUUAUAGUUUAGAAAUGGCAAAGAAGUGUGUGGAAAAGCUGUGAAGACAAUCACAUGGGAUAGUCCAGACAGAAAGAGUGGUCAGAUUGCAAGUAAACUUUUUCAUAAAAAGUUAAUUGCAUUUGCAUGGCAGACAUAAUACCAUUUCAAGAGAGACUUUUUAAAAGACUUUAUAGAAUUAUGACUUCUAUAUAUGUACUCUGGAAAGGUCAUUGUUGUAAUUGUAAAUAUGUAUAUAGGUUUUCAAAAGAUAUGUAAAAUUAUGUUGGUGUAGUAACCUCUGGUAAUGCAGACAAAAUAUUCUGGGUUUUGCGAGUUUCUGUGUUUCUGAGAGCAUCUUCCAUAUAAAAACUCGUUUUGAGAGAGAUUUUGAAGUAGAUCCUGAAUAUAGAAAUAGUCUCCAGCCAAUUUCUAUGCAUUAUAACCACUUGAUAUAUUAUAUGUUUUUUCCCAGAGGUAGUAUUAUUGUUAUUCUUUUUAAUGGACUUUUUAGAUUUUUUUGUUAAGUAAUUUCCUAUAUCUGAUACAAAAAUGCUAAAUGGUAUACAAUGAUUCGGUUAUGAUUCUUAGUAAGGAAAAAGGUUCUUCGCAUUGAAAUGAUUAAUGAAUAAAUUGGCUGAA